UGGAGUCAGGAAAUAAAGUCCGCAGCAGCCCGGGCUAAAUGGACAAAUACUUUAGCAACGAUCAUGGUUAGAAAAUAUGUCUUGCCUGCUAUCUUUUUGCUCUGUUAUGUUGCCGGGAUUGACAACAAAGACACUUUCGGUGACUUCUCAUCAAAACUUUCCAAGUAUUCAGUUGUAAAUCCCCAGCUUGUUCAUAGAUGGACAAGGAGUGUCAACAGGCAACCAGAGUCAGCAGAGAGCCAUGACAAGGAGACACUUUCCUACGCCCUCAACAUUAAAGGCAGAAAGCACUUCCUUCAUCUAAAACAGAACAAAGACUUUUUAGCUCCUAACUUUGUUCAGCAUUCUCAUGAUGUCAGUGGUAACCACAAGGCAACGUAUCCAAAACUUCAUGAGCAUUGCUAUUACCAUGGAGAGGUGGAGGGGUAUGACAACUCGCUGGUAGCUCUCAGCACAUGCUCGGGUCUUAGUGGUGUGAUCCACCUCGGCAGUGAGACCUAUGGGCUUCAGCCGGUGCCCCAGUCUCCCACCAACGAGCACCUUUUGUACCUGCUGAGCGAUGUCCCUUCAGAGCCCUUCAUCUGUGGUGUCAGCAGUGAGACGCCAUCGGCCCAGAGUCACUCCCACUAUGAGCCUGACCAUUCAGUCACAUCACUGCUGCGGAGGAAACGCAAUUUACCUCAAACAAGUUAUGUGGAGUUGGUGUUCGUCGUGGAUAAUCUCAGGUACAAUUAUAAGAAGAAAAAUGAAACGGCAGUGCGAGAGGAGAUGGUGCAAAUGGCCAAUCUGCUCGAUGGGUAUUACAAGCAGCUGAAUAUCCGAGUGGUGCUAGUGGGCCUGGAGAUUUUUAAGGAUCGCAAUCCCUUCAGUGUGGACGGCUCUGCAGGAGAGGUGUUGGGGGAGUUUGUCAAAUGGAGGAAGACCCAGCUGUUACCAAGGCUCAGGCAUGACAAUGCCCAAUUCAUUGUUGGUCAUCCCGGUGCGUUUCCAGGUGGGGUGCUGGGUAUGGCCUUCGUGGGGUCGAUCUGCUCCACAGCGACUUCUGGAGGAAUCAACGUGUUAAGUGGCGAGGACGUGGUCUAUAUCUCGACUGUGGUGGCCCAUGAGAUGGGCCAUAACCUGGGCAUGCAUCACGACUCUGAGGGCUGCACCUGUAAAGCGAACAACUGCAUCAUGGAACCCACUGCUACUGCUGGCACCAACUUCAGCAGCUGUAGUGAAGAUUACUUCGAGACUCUGAUCCGUCACGGAGGGGGGCAGUGUCUGAAAAACCCGCCGUCCCAGUCUGAUGUGGUGGGCAUUGCUGAAUGUGGUGAUGGCUUGCUGGACAAAGGAGAGGAGUGUGACUGUGGCUCUCCAGAGGAAUGCACAAAUAAAUGCUGUGAUGCAGCCACAUGCAAAUUUACCUUUGGAUCUGCCUGUGCUGAGGGGAGCUGCUGCAGCAACUGUCAGAUCAAAGUGGCAGGAACCCCAUGCAGAGGAUCUGUCAAUACAUGUGACCUCCCUGAAUACUGUGAUGGCAAAAGUGCAUUCUGUCCUGAAGACUUCUAUAUCAUGGAUGGCCUGUCCUGUGAAAACACAGCAUAUUGCUACGAGGGCCGCUGUCAGACCUAUGAUUACCAGUGUAAAGAACUCUUUCCGUCAGAUCCAGAGGCAACAAAGGCAGCAGAUACUUGUUUUCAGCAUGCAAAUACAAAAGGAAAUUUGUUUGGAAACUGUGGAAUAACCAGUAAUGGAAACUACAUCAAAUGUCCUGUUGCUGACGCCAUGUGUGGAAAGGUGCAGUGCACUAGUGUGGACGUCAACACUCCCCCUCCUGGUGCCCAUGUCAGUAUCCAAGUAAUUGACGGGGAGAGCUGUGUCAAUGCAGACUUCAACCUUGGCACUGACGUGCUGGAUCCUGCCUAUGUUAAUCCUGGCAGCCCAUGUGCUGAGGGAAAGACAUGCCUGGACUUUAAGUGUGUGAAUGCCUCUCUUCUGCUAUCUGACUUGAACUGUGAUGCCCAGACAACCUGCACGGGCAGAGGGGUGUGUAAUAACCAGGGGAAUUGCCACUGUAACAAUGGAUGGGCACCCCCCAACUGUGACAAACCAGGGAGAGGCGGCAGUAUUGACAGUGGCCCUGCUGAGAUAGACUACUCCGUUAGGAAUGGCCUGUUGAUCUUUUUCCUGUUGGUGCUUCCUCUCCUGGUUCUUCUCAUCCUGGGCCUCCUCUACAUCUUCAAGAGAGAUUCCCUGGAACCGAUCCUCAAAGAAGCCCGUGCCAUGCGUCACAGGCUACGCAGUGCACCUAACAGCAGUGCAAAUGGCCAAACAAAUGCCAAUGCUCCGGCAGAUACUGGCAACACGCCACCAGUACCUGCUCCUCCUUCUAAGCCUGUAUGUCCACCAGCUCCCACGACUCAACUUCCUGGUUUCAGGUAUGGAGAACUGGAUUACUGGAAUAUGGACACAAGCACUGCUACUAAGUAUCCACCAGCUCCCGUGCAGGGCCCCGGAGUCCCCAGACCAAUUCCACCCAAACACACUCCAUAGUGAUGACUUUUAUGUGGUUCUUAUAUUGUAAAUUUUUCACAAAUUUGCAAUUUAUUCACUGCAUAAGAUGAUGUAUUUUUUUCAAUCCUGUGAAAAUAAUGGCUUCACAAUAACUUGUUGCCAGCACAUUUUUUUUUUUUUUUUAUAAGUUCAGCUGUACUGUAACAACAUGGUGAUGGAUGAACCUGGAGGGCCAAGUUACUGGAACCUUAAUGUCUUGAAUUUCCUGUUUAUAUCACACAAGGGAAAUUUUUUUUUUCAUGUGGUUACUGUCACAUUCACAUUUGAGUGAACAAAUGAUUUUAUGCUGUUACAUUGUUUCUCACAUAUUUAAUGAUUCUUAACCUGUUCAUCUUGAUAUAUUUUAUAUGAAGAUUUUAUUAUUGACCUCAUGGCUGUUGAUUGUAAUAAACAAAGUAUC